AAGGUUGUCGCUCAAAAGCUUAUCAGCCACGGAGCCAAAGUUGAUAUUAAAGACUUGUAUUCUCAAACAGCUCUUCACUUAGCAGCCAAGAAUGGUUACGGGGAUGUCGUUAGAAUGCUCAUCUCGAAAGGAGCCGAGGUUGAUCCUACGGGCCUCUGUAAGCGGACACCUCUUCAUACGGCUGCUGAAUUUGGCAAAUUACGGAUCGUUCAAAUCCUUGUUGUCAAUGGAGCCAGUCUUACUGUUACAGAUGAUUUUGGUCAGACACCUUACCAGAUUGCUAUAAAUAAAAAUGAAAAGGAGGUCGCUGACUAUCUUAAGGAGGUUGAAGAAAAAAGACGCCAUGGACACAAGUGAAAUCAAUUGAAAAAUCAUAUGUUUUCCUUUGAGUUCCGUAUUCGAUUGUCAUGUAGAAUAUUAAUUUCAAUAUAUUUUUGUCAAACUUUAACCAUAUCAAUAUUGCUGCUUUGUACGACUAUAUCGGUUAUGAUGUGAAAAGUUGAUAAAUCAUACACGAAUACUAAGCAAAAAGCUGUAAACUUUUGAAUACACUCAUAAUUUCGAGGAAAACCUUAACUGUUUAGUAAUAAAUAAAAAGAAUUGCAUUCGUAAU